AGCUCAAAAUCAAAUACAAGCCGCCAAUAUAUAGCCUGCACAACGCCAUCCCUGCCUGCACACCACUAAUCUGCACAUCUCACGCACUUCUAAACGACGCUUUCACUCUCUCUCGGCGAAAAUGAGCAAGUUUUCCGGCGAGCUACAGCGGCCAUUAGUGCCUGAAACCGAAAAGCAUGGGUUUGCCAACCAAUCGCUAGAGAGCAUUUUGAGUGACAGUGAGUUGGGAUGGGGGAGGAAGGCGGUGGCUGCGACGGGGGUGGAGAUGAAGUUGCUAUGGAGGAUCGCGGCGCCUGCGGUGGCGGUUUAUAUGCUGAACUACGUGAUGUCGAUGGCCACUCAAAUCUUCGCCGGCCAUUUGGGGAACCUGCAGCUCGCUGCCUCCUCGCUCGGGAACACGGGCAUCCAGAUCUUCGCAUAUGGACUUAUGCUCGGCAUGGGCAGCGCAGUCGAAACACUGUGUGGCCAAGCCUAUGGAGCAGGCAAAUACGAAAUGCUCGGCGUCUAUCUUCAAAGAUCGACUGUCCUCUUAAUGGCGACCUCCAUUCCUCUCACUGUAAUCUAUGUGUUCUGUAAGCCCAUCCUCCUCUUCCUUGGAGAAUCUGAAGAAAUUUCAUCCGCCGCAUCGAUAUUCGUAUACGGUCUUAUCCCCCAAAUAUUUGCUUAUGCUGCAAACUUUCCCAUCCAAAAAUUCAUGCAAUCUCAGAGCAUAGUCUUUCCAAGUGCCCUCAUAUCAGCAGUCACUGUACUGAUUCAUUGCUUUCUAAGUUGGCUAGCAGUGUAUAAAAUUGGAUUAGGGCUUUUGGGUGCUAGUUUGGUUCUUAGUAUAUCAUGGUGGAUCAUAGUAGUUGCUCAAUUUGUGUAUAUUGUGAAUAGUGAGAGGUGCAAGUAUACAUGGACUGGAUUCACAUGGCAGGCUUUUAGUGGGCUUUGGGGGUUUUUCAAGUUGAGUUGUGCUUCUGCUGUGAUGCUGUGUUUGGAGACUUGGUAUUUCCAAAUAAUAGUCUUGUUGGCUGGCCUGUUGGAAAAUCCGGAGAUCGAGUUGGAUGCGCUAAGUAUAUGCUUUACGAUAUCGGGAUGGGUGUUCAUGGUGUCCGUGGGAUUCAAUGCGGCUGCAAGUGUAAGAGUGGGCAACGAGCUUGGUGCUGGGAAUCCAAAAUCGGCAGCAUUUUCAGUGGUGGUGGUGACAACGCUGGCUUUCAUCAUCUCAGUGGUAGCGGCCAUUGUGGUCCUUGCGAUUCGCAAUGUGAUCAGCUACGCGUUUACAGGGGGCGAAGUCGUGUCGAAUCGAGUGUCCGAUCUUUGCCCCCUGCUGGCCCUCACUCUCAUCCUCAAUGGGAUCCAACCUGUUUUAUCUGGGGUGGCGGUUGGUUGUGGAUGGCAAGCAUUCGUUGCGUAUGUGAACGUGGGGUGCUAUUACUUUGUUGGGGUCCCUUUCGGUUGCUUGCUUGGUUUCUAUUUCAACCUUGGAGCAAUGGGAAUAUGGUCCGGAAUGAUAGGAGGGACAUUGAUGCAAACCAUCAUCUUGACUUGGGUCACAUUGCGAACCGAUUGGAGUAAAGAGGUCGAGACUGCCCAGCAACGCCUAAACAAAUGGGGUGACAAGCAACCAGCAUUGGGCCAACAAGGAUGAUUGGCACUUCUUAGUGGUAUCACUGCACUAGUUUUGCAAUUUACGUCUUGGUUUUCUGGUGAUACUGGUUUUUCGGUGAAUAGUGGUAAUAUUUAGGGGACGGGUGUUUUAGUAAAAAUUUGACAUCCGACUCCAGAAAUUGUAAUAUCAAGCUUAAUUCUUCCUGCCUUUCUUCCAUUUGCAUUCAAUGCUUUAACUUCUUGAAAAUCUCUCUCUCAGGUGUACUGUGUCCUGCAAGUCUUGAAUUUCCAAAUUUCAAACCCUGUGGAUUUAGUUAUUAGUAUGUUAUUUAAUUUAUCGUAGUAA